UGCAGGAUUUCGGGGCUUCGGGGCACCAGCCCCGGCCCUGCGUCGCGAAGCUCGGCAGAUAGGAGCCCGCUUUCAGGGACGGGCACCCGGCCAACAACCGGGUGCUACGCAGCGCCGGCGGGGCUUCUGGGUCUAAGGUACCCGCCCUGGAGCGGCACAGGACGGCCGGGAGAAAGAGCCGACGCGGAUUCCAGACGGCGACCCGCGGGGGUUCGGCGGCGCGGUCCGUGUGAGGGCGCCCCGCAGGCCCGCUGCCCUCUGCUGGGCUUGGGGACGCAGCACACAGCGACGCAGAGCCCUUUGCCAGAAUUCUUUUGAGCCUCAUUAAUCCUUUUAUUGCUACACACACAUAUAAUUGCAGAAUCUGCUGCGUGAGGGAGGAGCAUGGUAAUAAAACAGAGGAUCUUUUCCUGAUAUUUUAUUGGUCUGAUCUGAAAGAUGAGCAGAUCUCAAUUAGUUGGGGCACAGGCAGCGAUCAUUCCAAGAAUAGAGACCGGCUUGCAAGAAAGAAUGGAACCGAAACAGGAAUUGGACAGUAAGCAGGUCAGUCUCUAGAGGAAAGCUUCACAUAAAGAAAUGGCAAGACAUGUUUUGAAGACAUCACCUAUCCCUGUGAAGACAAAAUUGCUACAUCAAAUAGGAUUGUCACUUUAUAAUACCUCUCAUGGCUUCCAUGAGGACGAAGUGAAAAGAAAACUUGAGCAGUUUCCUGGUGGAUCCGUUGACCUUCAGAAGGAAGACAGUGGCAUUGGCAUUCUUACUCUGAACAAUCCAAGUAAAAUGAAUGCCUUCUCAGGUGUUAUGAUGCUACAACUUCUGGAAAAAGUGAUUGAGUUGGAAAAUUGGACAGAGGGGAAAGGUCUCAUUGUCCACGGAGCAAAAAAUACUUUCUCCUCAGGAUCUGAUCUGAAUGCUGUGAAAGCACUAGGAACUCCAGAGGAUGGAAUGGCCGUAUGCAUGUUCAUGCAAAACACCUUAACAAGAUUUAUGAGACUUCCUUUAAUAAGUGUUGCACUAGUUCAAGGUCGGGCACUGGGUGGAGGAGCAGAAGUUACUACAGCAUGUGAUUUCAGAUUAAUGACUACCGAGAGUGAGAUCAGAUUUGUCCACAAGGAGAUGGGUAUAAUACCAAGCUGGGGAGGUGCUACCCGGCUAGUUGAAAUAAUUGGCAGUAGACAAGCCCUCAAAGUGUUAAGUGGGGCCCUUAAGCUGGAUUCAAAAAAAGCUUUACAAAUAGGAAUGGUUGAGGAGGUCUUGCAGUCUUCAGAUGAAACCGAAUGUCUCAGAGAGGCACAAGAGUGGCUACAGCAGUUUAUCAAAGGGCCACCAGAAGUAAUUAGAGCUUUGAAAAAAUCUGUUUCUUCAGGCAAAGAGCUUUGUUUAGAGGAGGCAUUACAGACUGAAAGAGAUCUUUUAGGAACAGUUUGGGGUGGACCUGCAAAUUUAGAGGCUAUUGCUAGGAAAGGAAAGUUUAAGAAAUAGUUUUUAAAACUAUGUACUGCAAGUAAAACUCCAAUGAUUAAUAUGUAUAAAAGUUAAAUAAUAUUAAAUAUGAAUGUCAAAACUACUUUGAAGGCUUCUAUAUCAGUUUUAAACAACUGUUUGAAUACCUGAACUCAUUGGCCUAGUUUUCAGUCUGUUUGGGUAACUUACCAAGUAAUUUUGAACAUCUGACUAAAAUAUGCAACACUUUCAGCUUAAAAAUUAUUAGCAAUUCCCAAAUUCCCAUAUUAGUUCUUAGGCUAUAACCAAAGACCAGUUUUUAAAAGAAAAAAAAUGACACAAAAUCUAUUUCUGAUGUUAUUUUUCAUAAAGUCUUUGUCUUGCCUUACCUGGAAA